GCUACGUGUAAAGCGUAGCGAUCUUCCGCAGCAAGGUCCAAAGUUACACAUUUAGCGUAGCCAGUAAAUCCUACACAGUAAUGUUAUCGGCGGCGAUAGGGUUCCGGGGAGCCCGGCUUAUCCCUGUUCUGCGGGGGAGCAGAUGCUUUCAUGUGUCCCAGGGUAACCCGGCAGCCAAAGUGGCGGUGGUCCUGUCCGGCUGUGGGGUGUAUGAUGGAACUGAGAUCCACGAAGCCUCGGCGAUUCUGGUUCACCUGAGCCGAGCCGGGGCCGAGGUGCAGAUGUUUGCCCCAGACAUGCCUCAGAUGCACGUGGUUGACCAUAGCAGGGGGCAGCCAUCGCCGGAGUCCAGGAAUGUAUUGGUGGAAUCGGCGCGACUCGCCCGGGGCAACAUCACCGCUCUGUCUCAGCUGAAUGUGAAGGAACACGAUGCGGUUAUAUUCCCAGGAGGCUUUGGGGCUGCAAAGAACCUUUCCUCCUUUGCUGUCGAUGGCGAGUCCUGUAGAGUGCAGCAGGAUGUGGAGCGCGUUCUCACGGAGUUCAGCAAAGCCAAGAAGCCGAUUGGCCUGUGCUGUAUUGCCCCCGUGCUGGCCGCUAAGGUCAUUCCUGGCGUGGAGGUGACUGUGGGGCAGGAGGAGGAGCUUGGAGGAAAAUGGCCGUAUGCUGGAACUGCCAAAUCCAUCUGUGCGCUGGGCGGGAAGCACUGUGCCAAGGAGGUGGAUGAGGCGCAUGUGGACUCUGAGUGCCGAGUGGUCACCACUCCCGCCUUCAUGGGUGAAGCCCCCCUACACCGGAUAUUCGAUGGCAUUGGGGCCAUGGUGUCGGGAGUCCUCAGGCUCACAGCAAAGUAACAGACUCGCCCCCCCAGUAGGAAGAAGCCGGACCCUCGGCCCAGCUGGUGCCCCACGUAACUCCCCAAUGGGACUUGUAGCUGCCCCCCCCAGGGGCCCAUUCUCCCGGCUGUACCAUCACCGUAACAAUAAAUCUAUUGGUCUUCUGUA